AUGUACCCAUCCCUAAAUGGAUAUGAAAACAUGUGUCAACGGACACCAUGGGAUACAUCUUUAUCGCAACCGGAAACCAGCCGACUAAAUACAGGAUGCCUACAGUACACAUCGUUGCUGUCUCGAAUGCCAAAUCAAGGAAGCGGCCAGAUUCAACUAUGGCAAUUCCUACUUGAACUUCUGGCGGAUGCAGGUUCAAAUGCUCACUGUAUCGCAUGGGAAGGAGGAAGCGGGGAGUUCAAGCUGGUUGAUCCUGAUGAAGUGGCCCGUAAGUGGGGCGAACGGAAGAGUAAACCGAAUAUGAACUACGAUAAACUCAGUCGAGCAUUGCGGUACUAUUACGAUAAGAAUAUAAUGACCAAGGUCCACGGUAAAAGGUACGCCUACAAGUUCGACUUCCAAGGACUUGCACAAGCCUGUCAGAAUUCCAUGAACAGUGGAAGCGACAUCUCAAGCGCUGUUCAGUCGCUCAACCCGUAUCAAAAUAUAUCAAAGCUUACGCCUUCACAAGUGCCAUAUCAAUUAUUGGGAGGUUCAGACAGGUUAGCACAAGCAGUUCCCGUCUGCAGCACAUACUGGCCAGCUCAACCACAGGCCUACAUCUAUCCCACAGUUUCAUAUUAUAAUGCAAAACCAUCAUUGUAA